GUGACGCCACUUCCGGGCCGGCCCUCCGGAACCUUCUGACUGGCGUCGGCGCCCCUGUCACCGCCGCGUCGCGGGCAUGGAACCCCCAACUCUGUAAAUGGCACCACCAUACACCCUGUUAUGCCUGCUCAAAACCUGGAAAUCAUCCUUCACAUGUUCCUCUUCUCAACUCCUGAGCUAGUCUAGGAAGACUAGUGCUUUCAUGAAUGAUGUCUUAUGGAAUCUUCACAACCACCCUGGGAAGUGAUUUCAGAAAGUAUGGAUAUACUCUUCAGAAUCAGAGGAGGCCUUGAUUUGGCUUUUCAGCUAGCUACUCCUGAUGAAAUUUUUCUCAAGAAGGCACUGAAACAUGUGUUGAGUGACCUGUCAACCAAGCUCUCUUCGAACGCUCUCGUGUUCAGAAUUUGCCACAGUUCAGUGUAUAUAUGGCCUAGCAGUGACAUAAACACCAUUCCUGGAGAACUGACUGAUGUUUCUGCUUGUAAGAACAUACUGCGCUUUAUUCAACUUGAGCCAGAAGAAGAUAUAAAACGAAAAUUCAUGAGAAAGAAAGACAAAAAGUUAUCAGACAUGCAUCAAAUAGUAAAUAUAGAUCUUAUGCUGGAAAUGUCAACCUCCCUGGCAGCUGUAACACCCAUCAUUGAAAGGGAAAGUGGAGGACACCAUUAUGUUAAUAUGACUUUACCUGUCGAUGCAGUUGUAUCUGUUGCUCCAGAAGAAACAUGGGGAAAAGUUCGUAAACUUCUAGUUGAUGCAAUUCAUAAUCAACUAACUGAUAUGGAAAAAUGCAUUUUGAAAUAUAUGAAAGGAACAUCUAUUGUGGUCCCUGAACCACUGCACUUUUUAUUACCAGGGAGAAAAAAUCUUGUAACAAUAUCAUAUCCUUCAGGAAUACCAGAUGGUCAGCUGCAGGCUUACAGAAAGGAGUUACAUGAUCUCUUCAAUCUGCCUCAUGACAGACCCUAUUUCAAAAGGUCUAAUGCCUAUCACUUUCCUGAUGAGCCAUACAAAGAUGGUUACAUUAGAAAUCCACAUACUUAUCUUAACCCACCUAACAUGGAGACUGGCAUGGUUUGUGUGGUCCAGGGCAUAUAUGGUUAUCAUCAUUAUAUGCAGGACCGGAUAGAUGACAAUGGCUGGGGCUGUGCUUACCGAUCUCUGCAGACCAUCUGCUCUUGGUUCAAACAUCAGGGAUACACAGAGAGGUCCAUUCCAACACACAGAGAAAUCCAGCAGGCUCUGGUUGAUGCCGGCGACAAACCAGCAACAUUUGUCGGAUCACGGCAAUGGAUUGGAUCUAUUGAGGUGCAGCUGGUACUAAACCAAUUGAUUGGUGUCACUUCAAAAAUACUGUUUGUCAGCCAAGGUUCAGAAAUGGCCUCUCAAGGACGGGGACUGGCUAAUCAUUUCCAAAGCGAAGGAACUCCAGUUAUGAUCGGGGGAGGAGUUUUGGCCCACACAAUACUAGGAGUUGCAUGGAAUGAGAUUACAGGGCAGAUAAAGUUUCUGAUUCUAGAUCCACAUUAUACAGGUGCUGAAGACCUGCAAGUUAUUUUGGAAAAGGGCUGGUGCGGAUGGAAGGGCCCAGACUUUUGGAACAAGGAUGCAUACUAUAACUUAUGUCUUCCUCAGCGACCAAAUAUGAUUUAAAAUAUAUGAUUGAAGACUGCAGUAGAGUGGUAGAGUGGUAUUAUAAAUUGGUGGAUAAAGAAUCAGUUUAAUUUCACAUUAAAUUCUGGUUUUAGUUUGACGGUUUAAACUAUGACCUUUUUCAAAGGUUGUAAAUACUGCACAGAGAAUGUAUUUUUCAGACAUCCCUUUAAUGACUUAAAAGACAAAGCAUACACAACCAGCAUAUUAUAGGCAUGUAAAUACAUGUGUUCUUAAAUGGAUCUUCACUUGGAAGAAAGAUUUCCUCCUUCUCAGAAGGCGUUUAGACACAUAUGGUAAGCAAAAAGCUGGAGCUCAUACGUCUGCAUGAAAUGAAGGCGUUUCUUCAGACAUCUUCAUAACCCACGUGACAUCUGUUUUUAAAAAACGUAUUAACAUUAAAAACUUUUUUUAAAAAAAGAGUUUUAUCCCCAAACUUCUACCACGCAGGCACAUUUUUGGUCUCCAGACUCUAUAAGUACAACCAGUAUUACAAUGUCACUAGAAUAAUAAAUGCUAUGCACGCAAGAGAUCACGGAGGAACAGAGCGGCAGCUCGGAGUCACUUACCAACACUUCCUCUUCCCACUGAUAUUUUCCACACUUCCAAAACUUCGUUUCUGUCUGAGCACAGGAGCACAGUCAUCCCUGUCAGAGUGUUCACUUGAUUUUUUUGUCUGCGUACAUUUAAUUGUUGUAAGAAACUUGGCACAUUCUGGAAAUCCACAUGACCAAGCAAGAUCUUCAGCUGUUUGCCCAUCCUUGUUACAUAAACUGAAAAUAUGAUAAAAAUUGAGUUAAAUGAAAAACUGAA